CUGUUGCCCACGUGUGUUCAGGCUGUGUAUAAAGCCAAUGGGAGCGAAUAAACUCCGUCUUUGAGUGGAUACUGCUCGCAGGGCUCCUUUUUCAAAGAGCUGAAGAGAAGUCGGACAAAUUGCAGCGAUCAUCUCUCUCAAAUACCCGUCUACCUGCAAAACUCCCUCAGUGACUAGAAUGAGGUUUAUGAAAGUACAACGCCAGAUUCAGAUGGCUUUUUCUUAAUAUUUCUUGGAUUAGUGGGGAUGAGGAUUUUGUCACUGCUAAAGAGAAGAAACUUUACUUUUUUCAUCUUGUUUAAAGAUGUCUAAAAUCAUGUUUCCUAGUGAAGACUGGAACUCAAGUGAGCUGUUGAACAGCUCCAUUGGAAACUCCUCUAUGGAGGAUACUGAGGAUGAGGAGCACCCCUUCCUGACGGAUGCUUGGCUGGUGCCCCUCUUCUUCUCCCUCAUCAUGCUGGUGGGGCUGAUCGGGAACUCACUGGUGAUAUAUGUCAUCUCCAAGCACAGACAGAUGAGGACGGCCACUAACUUCUACAUUGCUAACUUGGCUGCCACUGACAUCAUUUUCCUGCUAUGCUGUGUGCCGUUCACCGCUACUCUCUAUCCUCUGCCUGGCUGGAUAUUUGGAGACUUCAUGUGCAAAUUUGUUGCUUUUCUCCAACAGGUGACCGUACAGGCGACAUGCAUCACUCUCACGGCGAUGAGUGGAGACCGUUGCUAUGUGACUGUGUAUCCUCUGAAAUCCCUGCACCAUCGGACCCCUCGUGUCGCAAUGAUUGUUAGCAUCUGUAUCUGGAUCGGUUCCUUCAUUCUUUCCAUACCAAUCUUCCUGUACCAGAGGCUUGAGGACGGCUAUUGGUAUGGACCAAGAAAAUACUGCAUGGAGAGGUUUCCAUCAAAGACCCAUGAGAAGGCUUUCAUCCUCUAUCAGUUCAUAGCUGUGUAUCUACUGCCUGUCAUUACUAUCUCUUUCUGUUAUUCCUUCAUGUUGAAGAGAGUGGGACAGGCCUCUGUGGAACCAGUGGAUAACAACCAUCAGGUCCACCUGCUCUCAGAGAGAACUAUCUCCAUUAGGAGUAAGAUUUCCAAAAUGGUAGUGGUCAUUGUCGUCCUCUUCACUAUUUGCUGGGGUCCAAUUCAGAUCUUUGUCCUGUUCCAGUCUUUCUACCCCAACUUCAAGGCCAACUACGCAACAUAUAAGAUCAAGACGUGGGCUAACUGCAUGUCCUAUGCCAACUCCUCUAUCAACCCUAUUGUCUACGGAUUUAUGGGCGCCAGCUUCCGCAAGUCUUUCAGGAAGACCUUCCCCUUCCUCUUCAGACACAAAGUGAGGGACAGCAGCGUCGCCUCCCGCACUGCCAAUGCAGAAAUAAAGUUUGUAGCAACGGAGGAGAGCAACACUGAGAGGAAAUGAGAGCCAAUGACACCUAAACCAUGAUUUCACAUGCUGAAACUCAGGCUUCCUCUGCAUUAACAAGGGUAAUAUCCAGUUCACUGAACUGUGAAAAAAAUAUUUUAAUGUGGUGCAAAAGGACAUUUAGAGAGCAAAGAACUGCGAAAGUGCACAUAAAUUAUUACUGUUAUAAUUACAGCUGGAGUUAAAUUGUAUAAUUUGAUGUUUACAUCCUUUGUGCAGCCAACAUCCAAACCAAAAGGUUCAACUCUUAUUGGUGGCCCUGCUGUGCUACGAGAGUACGCGUUUUCAACAUUUGUUGAUGGAAAGCUGAUUUUACAGGCCAUAAUUUCAAGCAUGGGGAACCAAAAUGAUGAUGUUCUGCCAGCGGAGAUGUGUAGGAGCUUGCCUGAGAGGAUGUUGACUAAAUCAAACAUGGCAACUGUUGACUCAUCCAUUGUGUUUGACAUACACGACACCUCCCUGUGCACACUUCCUCAUGAAACCACCACUCCAAACUGCUCUUCAUCGGUUAUAUUUACAUAUUCUGAACAUUCUACGGCAUGGACCAACCUGAAGAGAUGUACCCAGAAGGUAUAGACUCUCUCAAAGCACACCACUUCUCAAGACUGAGUGAAUGCAUUUCGCAGCACAGAAAAUUAUGCUGCACCUGCCAAUAAGGCUAUUGAGAUUAUCAUGUGAUAGACGCUGAGGAUUAGCAAACACGUGUGUACAGAAUUGAGAAUGAUGGAAUGAUAUCAUUAAUGUGAUAAUAAAUGUAAGAUUUAGAACUAAAGGGUCGUUUACACAAAACUUGCGUUUAAAAACAUGAGACGUGACACAGCAAAAUCCAAAUUUUUAAAUGGGCCAUUCCCAUAGAACGCAUUUUUGCGUUUAACCCUCAUAUAUUGUUCAUUUCCAGUUUACACUUUGGGUGUUUGGGGUUAAUAUAACCCGAAAUAUUUAGAGAUUGAAUGUAUGAAAAAAAACAUUUUUAAGAAUACAAAUGAUACAUCUUUUUUUUUUUUUCAUUCAUUUACUUCUCAUCUAUACAUUUAUGCUGUGUUUUGGGGAAUAUAAAGUAGGGUUUUUGUUUUUUACCUAUUUACAGCAAAACUCCUCAACUACACCAUUAGCAUGGAUAUGAAAUAUUGUUUUUUUUAUAUGAAAAAACACUUUAAUGAUCAAAACUAAAUAUGAGUCGUUUCUGGGUAUUGAUCUAGGUGUUAGGCAGAAUUCUGCCAUCUGCUGGUUAGUUAAAAA